CUGAAGCUUGGGAAGAGGUUACACGACACAUCCACCCCCGCCUUCCGACUCGACCAUUCGUGAUUGUCUCGCCAAGAAGGCCUCGAGCCGCGUUCCUGCGUUUUCUUUUCCUUCCCUUGCACCUGAGCUUUAUGCGCGUCGGUGGUUGAGCCGCCGCUGCUGAUUCUGCUGGCAAGAAGGACCGCGAAGGGUCCUCCAUUCGGCUCUUUCUUUCCUUGCGCAAGGAAAUUCUUGCUCUUGCUCGUGCGAGGCGUAUAGCCAGCGCAUCGCAAUCAGACAGGUGUAGCGGCACCUUGAUAGGCGCAGGUGUAGCGCACCUUGGUAGGCGCAGGUGUAGCGGCACCUUGAUAGGCGACCCCACACGUCCACCUUCCUGCUGCAUUCUCGUGAUGCGGUACUGUGCGCGCGCCUCCACCAGAAUCACAUUCCGUCAGCUUUUCGUUCCUGGUAUGGACCAGACCGCCAUCACGCAUCCCAGUCGAAUCCGCCAGCUUCUGUCCGUGGUCGCGAUGAGAGAAUCUAUUCCCACUUCUUCCCAAAGGUGCGGGCGCGAAAUGUACCCUACUUUACGGGCGAGCUACAUCACCAGCGGUAAAGGACCGCUCUCGCCAGCCGAGAGACUCGACAGAUGCGUCAUUUUGGCUAAGCGCACCCGCACGCGCACGCGCACCCGCACAGUCUUGAGUCACUCGUUGCGACUGAAUCCGCUACAUCAGCCCUCGACGCUGUAUGUCUGAGGCCGCCCUUCCGCCUAUUCUCCCUUUCCUGCUCGACCUUAUACGGUUCAGCACGUGGAUGCUUGACCUGCCUCACCGGCAUUGUGUAUCAAUCCACAUGACACGCAAAACGCUCAACAUGCGCACUCACCACUCAUCCAGACUUGGUACCUGAUGCCGAAUUGCAUGCGACCUCGAACCGAGGAGAGCAAUAGGGGCCAGCUUUCAGCGUUUGAGUUGCGUACAAUACAUCGCCAGAGUCGAGGCUUUCACUUCACUUCACUUCACUGUCUGGCUUGUUGAGUCACCAUCAUUGAUAGGUGCAGUAGCGCGCGCGCAUCCGGCGGCGCACACACGCAGAGACCACCGCGAACGAGGCCGGUGCGGUGCGACUUGCAGCGCGUCGCAUCACAUUGCGUGCCGCACCUGCCUCCUGUUCCAGCUGAUCGUGCUGCCCGGACGCUCUACUUACACACGGCGCACUGUGCACUCGUGCGUUCGCGCUAACGAGACGACGCAGAGACUGGAUGCUCAUUGAAAGCCGGGGCCUAGAACGGCUUAGUGGACGAAUGGUGAUCCCAAAAGCCGCCGCUUGCGACCCGAUACGCAAUUACGUUGCAGUAGUUGGAGCCCUUGGCGGCGAAGAAAGACACGCGAUCGAGAAUACGCUUGCGAGA